CAGGGGAUCCACGUUCAAUGUGUUUGUGGGAAAAGGUCAACUUAUUGCUGGGAUGGACAAAGCUCUGGUCGGCAUGUGCGUGAAUGAGCGGCGGUUCGUGAAAAUUCCCCCCAAACUCGCCUACGGGAGUGAAGGCGUCUCUGGUGUGAUACCCCCCAAUGCUGUGCUUCAUUUCGAUGUGCUUCUGAUCGAUCUCUGGAACUCGGAGGACGAAGUGCAGGUUCAGACUUACUUCAAACCCGAGAAAUGUCCUCGGACAGUCCAGGUGUCUGACUUUGUACGAUACCAUUACAAUGGAACAUUCUUAGAUGGGACCCUGUUUGAUUCAAGCCAUAAUCGGAUGCGAACUUAUGAUACCUAUGUGGGAAUUGGAUGGCUAAUUCCUGGGAUGGACCAGGGUCUCUUGGGAAUGUGUGUGGGAGAGAAGCGCAUUAUCACAAUACCACCUUUCCUGGCUUAUGGAGAAGAAGGAGAUGGUAAGGAGAUCCCUGGCCAAGCAUCUCUCGUCUUUGAUGUGGUUUUGCUAGAUCUCCAUAACCCCAAAGAUGGUAUUUCUAUUGAGAACCAGCAUGUGCCUGAAUCUUGUGAGCGGAGAAGCCAGGCAGGAGACUUCCUCCGAUACCAUUACAACGGCACGCUUUUAGAUGGCACAUUGUUUGAUUCCAG